AAUGUCGUACAGAGCUAUCUGAUUCACAUUCUGUUCUUCGCCACAUCAGAUGCCGACUUUCAGCGUGCUUGGAAGUAAACGGAGGAGAUUAAGAAAGCUAGCAAGGCUAUGUUGAUCGGGGUGAGUAACUACCUGAGGUCUCAAGUCCAAUCAACAUUCUGGAGCGCAACUGAUUUACAUGCUCUCGGCCACAUCGAAUGCCAUGAGUAUCUUCAACGCGGAAAUGAUCAUGUUCCAUGGCUACGCCAACAUAGAACCCAGGUUGGCUCGUUCAAGGGGCUGACUCCUGCCUUCCAGGCUCCUGAUGGGUCUUUGCAGCAGCUCUUGGCGCUCAUAGCAAACGCGCACGACACCAGUCAUGUUGUCGCACUUCUCGCUUGGAUAAUACAGAGCAACAUCGUUGCUGUUGCCACCACGCGGAAGCCUGAGAGACCGGACGAUCAUUUCUAGGCUCUGAAUAUCAAGUUGACACACGAGGACGUACGAGAGAUGACGGUUGUAAGCUCAUAUACUAUUUUCGCACAUCUAAGACGAUCGUUCGUGAGAAUUUCCAACGAGUUUUCUGAAGCACUCAUCUGCCAGUUCCUCACACCAAUCAGAUAUAGUUGAUUAUUGGCGCACUUCAUAUUGAGGCGUUAAUGAGAAUCUAGCCC